GGUAAAUUUUACAUGAUGCAUCUGCUCGAAAGAAAAUCAAAGCAAGCUUCCUUUUGCCCCUGCAAUGACUUGGCUACUCUCUCUCGUGAAUUUCUAUUGGCGUGAAGGCGUCGAUCUCCCACAAUCUUUCGUCUCUUAGGAAACAAAUCUAUUCAUUAUCGAAAGUGUUCGCGAAGGCCAUGAGUGACGAUUUAUCUUUCAGAGAGCGAUUUAAACGAGUCAUCGGACGUGGUAAAAAGGAUUCCGCGAAGUCAGAGGCACAGGAUGACUCUCCAAAAUAUUGCGCAGUCUCGUCAACGAACUCAACACAACAUGCCGUCCUCCGUCCUUCUGAGCAUGCCGGUCCAUCGACUAUAACAGUCCCUCCCGCCCUACCAUCGAUACCAAAGUCUUCCACCCCUCUUCCGGCACGACUUCGUACACCUUUGGACACGACAUCGAAUAUCUCCCUAAAUAACACUGGCGUUAAGGUUGCAGUAGUAAUAUCCGAGACUGCAAUAGCCGACCAACCAGCAGAUAUUACAGACGAUUCAGCCAGGGACUGUUCCCUCUGGGACACAGCAUAUGAUGCUCUUAAGAAGAGCCUGAUCGAAUCGCCGCGUAUGAGGAUCUUUUGUCUAGAGUGCCUACCAGAGCUGACUAGAGACAUCAUAGCCCAAGCAAAGUCAACAGCCUCGCACGAGCCAGAAGACGCCGGCGAGGUCACAAAUCAAAUCCCCCAGCACGAUGCGAUCGCACGCCGAGAGAAGCUAAAGCAGAUAACGGAGCUCGGUCUAAAGCAUAUGGAAGACAAGAAAGUCAGCGCAACACUGUUAGGUCAUGAGAUCGUCCUGCAAGAUGUCGUGGCUAACGUCGCUGGGGCUGUGGAAUGGACCGAAGACUAUAUAAAGGAUGCCGUCAAGGACCUACCGUACGCAUCCAUCGUUGUAGCAGGCGUCUCUCUUAUUCUCCCCCUCCUGAAGAACCCAAGCGCUGCCGAGGCUGCCAACCAGGACGGGUUCACAUACGUCACCUCACAGAUGCGCUACUACGUCGCGAUAGAGUCGCUGUUGUUACCCGAGGACAUGAAAUCCGACCUGAGGGCCAAUCUUACAGAUCGUCUCGUGGACCUCUAUAAAUUCAUUAUCGAUUUUCAGGUGCAGACCGUGCUACGGUUCUAUCGUAGUCGGACCAAGAACUUCUUCAGAGGUACCAUCAACUACGACGGCUGGGACAAAAAACUUCAGGAUAUUAAGGACGGCGAUAAAGAGCUUGUUCUGAAGUUUAAGACAGCCAUGUCUGCUACCAGUCUCGAUAUCCUGAGGACUCUUGCCGAGGAAGCAGAGGUCUCACGUACUAUCCUGUAUAGUCUUCUGAAAAAGCAACAAGAGCUCGUCGAAGUCAAUCGAGACCAACUAAGCGUUGCUCAAAACUAUCUAGGCUUUGCAAAAAGGAUGGACAGGCGUAUGUCUAAUGCUGAGAAUCGAGCCUGUCUGCGGGACCUGCAGACGACCAACCCUUGCGAGGACAAGGUCCGUAUCGAGCUGGAUAAAGGUGGCCUCCUCAGAGAUUCGUACUGCUGGGUCCUCGAAAAUGCCGAUUUUCAAGGAUGGCGCGACGACCAACAAAAUCGGCUGCUCUGGAUCAAGGGCGAUCCCGGCAAAGGCAAGACGAUGUUGCUCUGCGGAAUCAUUGACGAGUUGGUUAAGGCGGCCUCCCAUACCACCAACGUCUUGUUCUUCUUCUGCCAAGCCACUGACACUCGCAUUAACAAUGCCACAGCUGUCCUGCGCGGCCUGCUUUACUUGCUUGUGAAGCAGCAGCAGUCUCUCAUCUCCCACAUCCGCGAAAGCUAUGAUGAUUCUGGGAAGCAGCGCUUUGAAGGCGUGAAUGCAUGGGUGGCAUUGUCGAAGAUCUUCACCAACAUUCUCGAGGACCCGCGCUUACGUAGUACCUACCUGGUCAUUGACGCGCUCGAUGAGUGUACCACAGGCCUGAGCCUGCUUCUCAAUCUUGUCGUGCAGAAGUCGUCGGCACACUCGCGUGUCAAGUGGAUCGUCUCUAGUCGCAACUGGCCGAGCAUUGAGAAGGAUCUCGACACUGCGACGCGGGAAGUGAGGCUGCGUUUUGAGCUUAACGAAAAAUCCGUCUCCGCAGCUGUUACCACAUACAUCCAGAUCAAGGUAGAUUGGUUAGCGAAGCGAAAUAAAUACGACGAUGGUACGCGGAACGUUGUCCAGCGCUACUUGUCCUCGAACGCAAACGGCACUUUUCUCUGGGUGGCCUUGGUCUGCCAAGAACUCGCCGAUAUCUCGUGGUGGAAAGCUGAAGAAGUGUUGAUGGCGUUUCCGCCUGGACUCGAUGCCUUCUACAAGCAGAUGAUGGACCAAAUCUGCAAUUCAAAAGAUGCUAAGCUCUGCAAAAGUAUACUGGCCGUCGUCUCGAGUGUCUAUCAGCCUAUUACGUUGUAUGAACUUGUCUCUCUGGUCGACAUGCCCGACGGCGUCUCUGGUGAUGAAUCUCUGACAGAGAUCAUAGCGCUUUGUGGUUCUUUUCUAACACUUCGGGACGGCACCAUCUCUUUCGUCCACCAGUCUGCGAAGGACUUCUUAGUGAAGGAGGCAUCUAACGACAUCUUUCCUUCAAGGAUAGAGGAUGUGCAUUAUACCAUCUUCUUGCGAUCGUUACAAGUAAUGUCUAAGACACUAAGACGUGAUAUCUAUAGCCUACGCGCUCCCGGGAUCUCUAUCGACGAAGUCAAGCAGCCCGAUCCAGAUCCACUCGCCGCCGCACGGUACUCUUGUCAGUACUGGAUUAGUCAUCUCCUCGAUUGCCAUACUUUAGAGGACAAAAUCAGGAACCUCCAGGACGGUGGCUCAGUCUAUAGUUUUCUAUGCCAAAGCUUUCUGUACUGGCUCGAAGCGCUGAGCCUAAUGAAGAACCUGCCAGAUGGCAUAGUCAUGAUCAACAGGCUUGAAAAUGUUCAGGUAUGUUUCUUCGUGUUAGUCCAUCAUGUCAUCAAAGCAAUUAAUGUAAACAAGUUCGAUGAUAAUCCCAAUUUACAUGCGUUUAUUCAUGAUGCGUGGUGGUUUACCGUAUACAACCGAUCAAUCGUUGAACAAGCGCCCCUUCAAUUAUACUGUUCAGCUCUUAUCUUCGCCCCAGAGAAGAGUAUUAUCCGAGAGACAUUUGAAAAUCAUAUCCCCCCUUGGAUUCAACGAAAGCCUAGAGUACAAGCGUAUUGGAACGCGGCGCUACAGACGCUCGAGGGCCAUUCAAAAUCGGUUUGGUCAGUCGCCUUCUCCCCUGACGGCAAGCAGGUCGUCUCUAGCUCUGGCGACAAGACCAUCCGGCUCUGGGACGCCGCGACAGGCGCAGUGCUGCAGACGCUCGAGGGCCAUUCACAAUCGGUCAAUUCUGUCCCCUUUUCCCCUGACGGCAAGCUAUUACCAAUCUUACAAAAUCGCCACUUGCCUUCUAGCUUUUUCUACAAAAUAUAG